GAUCCGACUCCUGACCUCGAGAAUCGCAGCAGGAGUGGUUCAGCGAGGAACCCGCAACCUAUCCAGCGUAAUAAACAAGAGAGGCAUUAGCUUGUAGAAGAUGAGUCUGUGGUACGAGUUCUCAGGAGUGAAAACACAUGCGGCAUGAGGUCUCGAGCUGCGCUGUCAGCCAGCAUCAACUCAUGCGCCGUCCGCCACCAUGGGGAGAUUAGAUUUGCCCAUGUCCGCGGAGGAUGCUCAAAUUGAAGCAAGACAUGGGCCGGAAAUCCGCGGACUGAGCGAGGCCGAGCCUCGGGCUAAUGCUCUUACCGCGGCGCUUCAGAUACUUCGCUUCAGGCGGGUCCGCCAGCAUAAGCUAGUGCCUCUUCAGGCAUAAUAAGGUAUACAGGUCUAUCGAGGCGGCAUUAGUGCGCAUGAAAUAAGGUGAGCCAGCGACUUCGCCUGUGGAAGAGCAAGCAAAGGGCACAUCGGAGGCUCGGCGGCAUUAAGGAGCUGAGACAUUGAUUGAUCGAAGUUCAGCAGGUGCACUCUUGGCAACAUUUUCAGAUUCGAUUCCUCAGCUGGCUAAAGCUCUGUGGCGUUAAGAGCUUCGCGAUACUUUGGAGAGAGCCCAAGCCGACUUGGAGAGCUACAUGCUGCGGACCGGCCCCACGUCGAGGCAUCGAUUGGAACAGGAAGACUGGGACUGCCCUUCAGGGGACGCUGUGCAGACACUCCCAGUUCGUCUUCUUGAGCUCGAGCGGAAAGCUCCGCUCAUUCGGGGACGCAACCUGAUGGGCUAUUCGAGCGUUUCCAGCUGCGUCGUUUUGGCAGCUGUGUGCACAGGACACCUGCAGGUAGCUGACUGUAAGAUGAUGGUCGGUUUCCAGAACACUUUCAUCCUGAAGCGCAGACUACAUGACGCUAGUUGCUGCAGGCGCACGCCACUCCAUGCACGGUGUUUCAUGAUUCAGGAUGGCGUAGAACAGCUUGGCUCACAAUCACGCGGCACUGCGCAGCUUUGCCGUGAUGCAGUAGCACGCUGCGUGCAUGAGAACUUCAGCUCUCAGCUCUGCGCGCGUUCAGACACUCCGAGCUGCACGGUGACCUCCCUCGAACGGCCUGUGCCCAGCGCUCUCGACCUGUAAAGGCUGCGUCACCAGCAGUCGCGGUCGCACGCAACUGAUUGCCCCUCAAUGUGUUGGAUAUCCAAGCUCUACAACGUCGGCUAGGCCAUCACUUUGGAAGUGUGUCCCACAUCCACCGCCAUGGUGCGGACUAAUACUUUAGCGAGAUGCGAAUAGCAUCUGCAAUUGGCUUAGCGCUGGCAGGAGAAUUCAACCAAGAGAGCUGAUCUUGGCUACAAAUUUCUGCGUCACUUCUGAGCCUGGUACAUGAGGCUGGCAGCGGCUUUGGCGAG